AUGAUCUCAAAAAAAAACAAUUUGCAAGUAAUUUCAAGGCCUCCUCAAUCUAGUGAUCUGACUGUUGAACAAAUUAGUACUAAAACAGUCUAUAUACAUACAACUGAUAGUCAGGAAAAUGAACUUUCUCUUCUUGUCUUUGAUUUAUUCAGAGCACAUAUUACUGAUGUAGUUAAAAAGAAGCUUCAAGAGAAUAACAAUGAUCUUGUUGUAAUUUCUGGUAGGUUAACUUUUAUGACAAAUGGUAGGUCUGGCAAAACUAAAAAAGAAAACCUUAAAUGCGCUAAACUACAUAUAGUUUAUAGAUCAGAGGAUAGUGAGAUAUAUCAUGACAAAAUCCUUGAUAAUAAAACUAAUGAAGCUAAUAAAAAUAAUCCUGAUAUAGAUUCUGGUGAUUCUAAUGAAAAUGAGGAGGAUUUUGAGGAUAAAGAAAAUGAUAAUGCAAUGAUUAAAGAAAAUGAGGAU